AUCUCAUCUGUUCUUCAAUUCUUGCCUUUAUCCUUCCUACCAUCUUUCACUUCAACCUCGUUCUUAUAGUUUUCAAUGUCUGAAGCACAGAGUAACAUCCCUACUUUCAAGCUUGUCCUUGUUGGUGAUGGAGGAACCGGAAAGACCACUUUCGUCAAGCGUCAUCUGACCGGUGAAUUCGAGAAAAAGUACAUUGCCACUCUCGGUGUCGAAGUUCACCCUCUAUCCUUCUCAACAAACUUCGGUACCAUCUGCUUCAACGUUUGGGAUACCGCUGGACAAGAAAAAUUCGGUGGUCUUCGUGAUGGAUACUAUAUCCAAGGCCAAUGUGGUAUUAUCAUGUUCGAUGUGACUUCGAGAAUCACAUACAAGAACGUUCCCAAUUGGCACCGUGACCUUGAGCGUGUUUGCGAGAACAUCCCAAUUGUUCUCUGUGGAAACAAGGUUGACAUCAAAGAGCGCAAAGUAAAGACUGGCGCUGUGACUUUCCACCGUAAAAAGAACUUGCAGUACUUUGAAAUUUCUGCCAAGUCCAACUAUAACUUCGAGAAGCCAUUCCUCUGGCUCGCGAAGAAGCUCGUUGGUAACAGCAACCUCGAGUUUGUUGCCGCACCUGCCCUCGCUCCCGCUGAGGUUCCCGUGGAUUCAGCGUUGAUGGCUCAGUACAAUCUUGAAUUGCAACAAGCGAACAACGUUCCUCUUCCCGAAGAGGACGACGAUCUGUAAUCCAAUGUUUUCCAUUUAUCACCUACACUUCCGUACCAUGUGAUUUUAACACCUUCCACUAUAAACGUUACCAUCCAAUCAAGUUCUUUACUACAAUUUUUCUUUUCCGUACGCAGUUUUUUUUCUCUUCUAUCAGCCAGGCCCUUCGUGCUCUAAGCUACACAUAAUCUUCCCACUGGCAAACGCUUGCUAAGAUUAUGCAUUUGGGACUUGUGUUUUGAAAUCUUGUUGUUUGACAUGAGAAAUGCUUCCCAUUCAGUGGUAAAAUUUAGUCGUAUCAAAAGAAGUUGUAUGAUAAGGAGAUCGUGUUCAAUUUGUUAGUGGUAGAGUAGAGUACAUACGUAUGGGCUAGGUAUUCCAGUUUGAUCAGUAUUAUGUUUGUUGAAAGAUGUCCGAAGAUUUUGGUGGGGCAAGUGUUGUACAUGAGAUGGUGAUGUGAAAUGAAAAAGAAAAGAAAGGUUAGAGCGAAUUCUGCAUAAGUUGGAAUCCACAACAAAAAAGACUAUAACUGGAUGAGGCUAGUCGAACGACGCUUAAAACAAUGAUGCGGUGUAACGGUUGCAGCCAAUGAGUAAACCGAACAUUUGGAAUUUGGUCAUAUCAAGUUCCAAAUGUCGGUCAUUAAACCAUUUUUCUCGAUCUUCAGGGUGCCACUGCAGAAGUGCCUUCAAAUUUGCCUCGUUAUCUAUACCGAUUUUCAAAAAGUUGGGUAACAGGUGUCCGAGAUUUGGUUCAAGGGACUGCAGGAAUUGCCUGACGAACGCUGAGGAGUCUCGCGC